AUGUCUGAGUUAUCAUGGACAGAAGAACUGAAUAAUGAGGAAUUGGCUAACAAACCAUCUCACCCCAAUGGACCCAGGCUAAAAGACAGUCUGGAGCUUCAAGUAGCAGAACUGGAAAUGCUUUUGUCUAUGUUUCCUAAUAAAGGAGAAAUAACUCUUCAAGAUGAAAAUGUUUUCAAGAAUAUUCAGAGGCACCUGAACGAUACAACUGAGAAUCCCCCACCUAAAAUUGAGUAUUCCGUUGCUGUUCCUAUAAAUGAAACCAAGGCCAUUGUAGAUUUGCAGGUGGAAUUGCCUCUCAGUUACCCCUACGUGACACCACAACUUUUUGCAAGAUCAAAUACACUAGACAGGCAACAACAGUUGCAGCUCAAUAAAGACCUUACGUCUUAUAUCGCUACUUUGGAACCCGGAGAACUCUGUAUAUAUGCGACUGUUCAGUGGUUACAGGAUAACACUACAUUCAGAGUACAAAACAGUGAAGUUUGUGAAAGAACGACAAGGAAAGAAAUAGUCAAAGCACCAUUUAAACGCAUGUGGAUUUACAGCCAUCACAUAUACCGACAAGAACUGAGGAAAAAGAUCUUUGAAUAUGCAAAGAAAUUAAAUCUGACUGGUUUCUGCCUAGCUGGAAAGCCUGGGGUGAUUUGUGUGGAGGGCACGAAAGAAAACUGUGAAGAGUUUUGGCAUAUUAUUAGAUAUCCCAAUUGGAAACACAUUUCCUGCAAGCAUCAUGAGACUGGAGAAGCAGAAGGAAAUGGGGAAAGUUUCCGUCUCUUUCAGACCUUUGAAGAUUUACAGUUUCAAGCUCAUGGUGAUUAUGGAUUAAGGAAUGACUAUCACAUGGACCUCGGUCAAUUUCUAGAAUUUCUUAAGGUUCAUCAAAGUGAUCACAUAUUUCAGAUCUUGUUUGGCAUUGAAGGAAAAAGUCCUGACACUUAGCACAAGUUCACUCCCUCUGGUUCUUGAAAAGGUUUUGAAAUCUUCAAAUACCAAGCAAGAACAAAUGUGCUCAGAGGACGGUUCUGGGCUAUAUUUGUAGGAAAUCAAGAGGGAGGAUGGGUGUGACUAAAAUGUAUGAUAUAAUAAAAUAAAAUCCAGUAUUUAUACAUUUCAAAA